AAAGAAACUGUAAAAUUAUGUAAAAAUCUGAUAUAGCAAAGUUUAAUUCAAUUACGUUGCAAAAUAAUAAGAUAAAAUUUGAUGGUCGCAGCCUACUUCAGGCAGCGGUAUAUCGUUGGCAGUAAACCCUUGACGUUUUGUUGUCCACAACAAAAAACCAAAACAAAUGGCAACGCAACAAACAUGCUGCACAACGCUUUACAGGAAAAAUAUACAACUGUUUACUUCAAAAUGUAGAAAUAUUCCAACGCGUAACAUUUUAUUGAAGAACUAUUCUGGCGGUAGGAAGACAGAUUAUUCGGCGUAUUACCAUGUACUUGGGCUGGAGAAUGGCUGUGAUCAAGAAAAAGUUCGUACGUCUUUCCUUGAACUCGUCAAACGGUAUCAUCCAGACAGUGGUUCUCCAGAGGCAGACUCUGAGAAGUUUCACCAGAUAGAAAGGGCUUACAGAGAGUUACAAAAUAAAUUUGCAGCAGACCGUUGGAAUUCUGAAAAAGGAGCUUGUGAAUAUGGCUUGUAUUAUGAAGAAAACAAACAAGAAUUUGACAUAAGACACACUGCCCCACAACAUAGACAGUACCUGAGCUAUUAUGGCAUUGGUUCUGGAACUCCUCAGCAAAGACAGAAACAGUACCAGAAGUACAGAGCCAUGACUGCUAUUGAAAAUGUCUAUAACCACCGAAUUUCCAAACUGACAAUUAAUGAGUCAACACUGGUAACAAAAGAUAAACAAGCAGCAAAGAAAAUAAAAGUACGCUCAGAGAUGGAACGCCUUGUUGAAGAUUUAAUUCAAGAGUCAAUUGCCAGGGGAGAUUUUGAUAAUCUUUCAGGAUCUGGGAAGCCUCUGCCUCAUCAGAACACAAACCCCUAUGUUGAUUUCGUUACACACAAAAUGAAUCAGGUAAUGAUAGAUAAUGGCUAUGUGCCAGAAUGGAUUACACUACAAAAGGAAAUUAAAAUUGAUGCCGCAGAAAUUCGCAGCAAACUUUCAGAAGUACGAUCAACUCUUGGAACAGAACCACUUACAACUGAUGAAGUACGUGUGUGGAAACAGGCAGUCUGUGAUCAGGAGCAGAGUGUCAAAAGAUUAAAUAAGAAAAUUAAUGAUUAUAAUCUUCAGGUCCCUUUACUAGAGAAACAGAAACUCUUGUUCCAAAUAAAUUUGGAAGCUGAGAAAAUAUUAAAGAAUGGUAAAACCAAAUUUGAUGUUGUUAAUAAAAGCUCUGGUGCCAGUGAGGAUAAAUAUCAACAUAAUAAUUCAUCAGUUCUCAAUAUAUUUGACUAUUUGUUUGCAGGCAAAGUAUGAAGUUCAGUUAUGUUUGUCGUUGCUGUCCCCAUACAAAGAGAACAUGUAAACACACUUAUGUGAUGUGUAAUGUGAUAUUAUGAUUACAUAAAGUUAAAUGAUGUCAAAUAUUUAUUUUUGUAGUAAAACUAAUAAUUUUCAAAUAAAUUACGAUUAAGACAAUGUA